UCGAUCAGGUGAUAAGCAACGUGGUUUUUCGCGUCCAACUCUAAUUUUGUUUACAUUUAUUCGUGCUGGUUCGGAUUUCUUUUGACAAUAAAAAGAUUAGCGUCUAAGUGAAAAACCCAAAACCCCAAAAAAAUAAGUGAAAAAUGGAAGUAGUCCAAGAAUUGCAAGAGCGUGCUUUGCCCGUCUAUGAGCAAUUAAAACGAUAUAACAUAUGCGAUGACAACGAGAUCAGUGAUUACAAGCAGAAGAGGGAGUCCUUCGCCCUGCAACUCACUCAGAAAAGUGUUAAUAGCCGUACGUACGUGGAAUACAUCAUACUCGAGCGCAAAAUGUAUCGUUUGGUGGAACGUAAAGAAGCCAGUUACAAAACAGAGCUACGGGGUCUUAAGAAUAAUCUGAUAAAUCACAUAACAAAAUUGUAUCGAGAGUGCCUCCAAAAGUUUCCUGAAGCCGAAAGUUUGUGGAACCAUUUCAUAGAAUUUAGCAAAAAUUCGAACCCAACGCAAGUCCUCGGUAUCUACGAAAAAAUGCUUACAUAUCACGGUUCCAAUGAAAAAAAUUGGGUUGAAGCAGCGCUUUGGGCUUUUAGCAACGAUAGUGACAGCCUCAUAUGGCAGGACAUUUGUACACGGGGACUUCAACGUCAUCCUAAUGAAGAAAUUCUCACCAAAACAUUAUUUGACUUGCUAGUAUUCGUAGCCCAUAAACGAAUAUUGGCUGGCCAGAGACUAGAUUAUGAAAGCGCCCUGCGUCAAGCAGAAUGUGUUUAUAGAAAUAGCCGUACCACUAUUACUAAUUUGCCAUUUUUCAUCGGAUUAGUGCGUAGAUGCGAGGAUACUUCCUUUAUAAAUAUCACAGCUAGCCUGCAAUUAAAAAUAAUUGAAGAUUUACUAGAACGUUAUCCUUCACAGGAAAAACUGUGGGAUUUCUUGGCACAGAGGGAGCUGCGUGGCUUUGCUCUAAACGAUUUAAAGGAAUAUGCCAAAAGAACAGAAAUUGAGACUGCCUCUGCCACAGAUAAUGUACAGACUGCAGAAGGAAGCCAAAUUCAAGACACGACCGACAGUGGUACAAUUUCGAUCAAGCCAGUUUUUAAGGAACGAACAACGAGACAACGCAUCGAACUCUGUUCUAAAAUAUACGAAACGGCAUUAAAAACUCUAAAAACGCGGACAAUGUGCCAUGAUUACAUUAGCGCAAUGCUAAUUAUAAACGAAAAUAAUGAAACAGAUUUGAAAAUUAGGCGUAAGUACCUGGCUAUGGCUUUGAAAAUGGGUCACGAAUUAGGUCUAAUGAGUGAGGAACACUAUUGUGUUUUUCUACGUUUGUUAAUUGUGACUGAAACUGGAAGGAAAAUUGCUGAAACUAUGCUAAGUGAGGUAUGCUCUGCUCAUAAGUCAGUUAAAUUAUAUGAAGUGUGGAUUUCAUACUAUAUAAGUCAAAACACUUCGGACAUGGUAGAAAAAAUCCAUGCGAAAGCAGUAAAAGACCUUGGCGAUAAAUCAGGACCCAUAUUUGAGUUGGCUAUUCAGUACUUCAAAACUAGAUAUGAUGAAGACCGUUCGACUCUUGAACGACUCUAUCGUGAUGCCAUUAAAAUGACGAGUCCCAAAUUCGGAAUAUUUCGUGCGCAGUAUCUGGAAUUUUGUAUGAUUAAUUCUCCCUUUCAUAAGGUACGUAAAGAGUACGAUCAUUUAAGUCAGUUACCACCGCCCUGUCUCAAGUUGCAUGAGAAAAUGGCUGAAUUGGAAUCUCAAGUUAUAUUAAAGACUAAAAAGGAUACUGAUCGUCGGCGACAAGUUUAUGAAAAUAUGGUUUUACAGUUUGGAAAGGAUAACACCUCGGUCUGGAUGGAAUAUGUGCGUUUCGAAUGCUCCUAUGGAGAUAAAAAUCGCGUAACUCACAUAUAUGACCGUGCGAAAGCAACAUUAAACGAGAACUUAGUAUAUCCCUUUCAAAUGGAAUACGAUUUAAAAAAAGAAAAUUUCAAAGCCGAAGCUGAUUAAAUUUAUAUGCGCCUAUAGGUGACCAUUCGCCCUGUAUUAUACGGGACAGUCCUCUUUUUUGACCAAUUGCCCUGUCAAUUAAUUUAUUUUAUACGGGACGCCAAAUGUAAUCGAUGUUCGGUAUUUCCACGCCUUGACAGCUCAUUAAUAUGGCGUGCCUAUGAACCAGUUAUAAGUGAUGAUGAAG